AAACGAAUCUGGCAACCCAGAUCCCAUCUGUCACUUAUUCUGUCAUUGGGCAGGACACUAACAUUAUUCCAUGUUAGUAACGUUAUUCUACGCAAGGCAAAACAAAGCUGUUACUUAACGCCAGAAGACAUGGGCUCAGGAGAGAGUACGACCAGAAAAGUGUCCUUCGGUGUCGAUGAUGAGGACAGAGUCAGGAUUCUUCGUGGAGUCAAGCUGUCAGAAGACGUCCUCCAGAGGAUGAGAGGAGUCGCCAACAUUGCUCCAGCACCCAAAUCAUCAGCCUCAGUCCCUCAGAAAGACACAGGUGCCUCUUGCAGCCCCAGCUCAAGCCCUCGUCCCCAGCAGAGCCCACAGCACCGGGCCCAACCCAAAGCCCAGUCCAACGCCAGCAAACCAGCCUCCUACACCAAGGAAGAACAGAGAAAGUAUGAACAUCAGCAGACUAUACUGAAGGAGGAAUUGGCCAAGGUGGCACAGAGAGAGAGCGAGGAGAUGACUAAAGCCAGGACCCAGGAAAGGCUACAAACACGUCUGGAAGCCGAGAAGACCAGAAAACUGUCUGCAGAUGAGAUAAAAGCGAUGGCUCAGCAGCUACAGAAGAAAGAUUCACAGCUUAAAGCAUUGGAUGCCUUCUACAAGGAGCAGCUGGCACAACUGGAGCAGAGGAAUUUGCAAAGAUACGAACAGAGCAAGGAGCAAUUCCACGAAGCUGCCUCCAAGACGGAAACGAUUGUGAGGGCCCGCAAUACAGAGCCAGUGUGUUCCGGCCUGCAGUCUCAGAUCUUAUCCUGUUACAAGGGGAACAGCGACCAGACCCUAAGGUGUUCAGACCUGGCCAAAGAAUACAUGCGAUGUAUCGACGCUGCAAAGAAGAACCUGCUGGUGAACCACGGAUGAAGACGGGAAAGAAAAGGGUAAAACACUUACUCAACGAAGGCUUUUACUCUGGCACCGAGAGCCGCUCCCGUCGCAAUCCUGUUUUGAAAUUUGAGAGAGUUGAUUUGCUGUUAGCAUGCCUUGUUUUUAAGAGUUUCUUAAUAUGCUAUUUAUCCUUGGUAUCAUCCAGUAAAGUUUCUUUAUAAUUCUGCACAGCUACAGAGGAGCUUCUGAAACGGAAAAAAAAAAAAAAAAGUGUGUGUGUGCUUUAGAUUCAUGGUAUGAGUCAGUACACUUUCAAUCGAGUCAUUCGCAACAGCAAAAGAAAGUAUUUCUAAGAUGUGAGUUGCAGAUAUCCAUUCAGGGUCAUUCCUGCUCCAUCUGAAUGUGAGAUCUGGUUAACGUCCAAACUUCAGCUGCUUUUGUUGGGAUGAAAUUUAAAAAAAAAAAAGAAAAGAAAAGUGAAGUGAAUUGAGUGCAUAGGGACCGUCCAUGUCUUGAUCUCUGAUUGAAAGAAGAACUGAUGGAGUUUUAUUGCUUUUGAGUUUUCUGGUUUUGUAUAUUUUGUAACGCAGGAAUAAGCUCAGGUAAUCCUGGCCAUGACUCUAAUUCAUCAAACCUGUGAUGUACUGUUUGAUUUUAUUAAACCAUUCAUAUCCUGUGACA